AUGUCCACUCACGAAAAGCCGGCCACGGCAAGCAAUGCUGCCUCCGACUCACCUCCACUUACAACAGACGACAAAGCCAGUCAAGAAGGCCAUAUCGACUCUAAAGUCCCAAAUGAAGCGCCUGAUGGAGGAAUACAAGCAUGGCUCGUCGCCGCCGGCGCAGCCUCCAUCUUCUUCUGCUGUCUCGGAUUCGCCAACUCCUUCGGCUCAUUUGCUCAGUUUUACAUCACGCAUCAGCUCCGCGAUAGAUCAGAGGAUCAUAUCGCCUGGAUAGGCUCUCUAUCAGCUACUCUGCAGUUUCUGACUGGCCUCAUUGGCGGACCGCUGUUUGAUCGUUAUGGCACCCGUGUUAUCUGGCCUUCCUGCAUUGUCUACUUAUUUUCCGUCAUGAUGCUCAGCCUCUGCGACAAGUAUUGGCAUUUCAUGCUGGUGCAGGGUGUCGUCAUGGGCUCUAUCAUGGGCUUUCUGCAGUUCCCGGCGAUUGCGGCCGUAGCACAGUUCUUCAACAAGAAGCGAGGAGCGGCCCUUGGUGUAGCCAUUUCAGGCUCGUCGAUCGGUGGCAUCGUGAUUCCUAUCCUGGUGUCCAAGAUGCUCAAUGGUACAAGCCUGGGCUUUGCGUGGACGGUGCGUGUGACGGGCUUCAUCAUGAUCCCGUUUCUGGGGUUUGCUAUUGCAACAAUCAGGACUAGAGUUCCUCCUCGAGCUACUGCUUUGCUUGCCACGGAGGCCCUCAAGGAUCGCAAGCUGAUUGGCAUGGCAAUCUCCAUCUUCUUCACCUUUGCGGGCAUGUUUAUGCCUAUCUUCUUCCUCCCUACCUACGCAACAAUGAUACGGCACAUGGAUCCGACGCUUGCUGGCUAUUUGCUUGCGAUAUUGAACGCCGCGUCAACCUUUGGCAGAAUCAUCCCGGGAGCACUGGCUGAUAAAUAUGGGCGCUUCAACGUGUACAGCGGUGGUUGCAUCGUUACGGGCAUCGUCAUUUUCUUCAUGAACUUUACCCAGAACACCGCUGGUAUUGUUGUGUAUUGCAUAGUCGUUGGAUUUGCUACUGGUACUCUUAUAUCCGGUGCCUCUACAGUUCUUGCAUCUUGUGCGCCCACGCCGCAAGUCAUGGGAUCGUAUUCUGGUAUGGGUCUUGCUUUGGGUGCAAUCGGUGGUCUCAUCGGACCGCCAUUGAAUGGCAAGUUUGUUAGCCACUAUGGCGGGUUUCUGGAAGCAAGUAUGUUUUCGGGAGCCAUGUGCGUCUGUGGAGGAAUCAUUGGUUUGGUCACAAAGGCGCUUACCCCUGAAGGCAUCUUGGGUGUGAUAUAG